UUUUAUUUUUACUAAGAAAACAGUUUGACUGUUUUUACUGAGAAUUUAUGUCGUUAAUUAAAAUAAUCCAAUAAAUAAACAAACAAACACACAAAUCUUGUGUUUUGAUGGAGUUUUCUGCUUCUUAUCUUCACCUCCAUCCUGCCUCGCACGCAGAUGUGGGAGGCAGGUGACCGCCUCGUGCGCGUAAAGACGCGCGUCAGCGCCGCUCUCAUCAGUCUCCGGAGCGCGCGCCGGUGUGUGAGCAGCUCCGCGCGCGCGGAUGCGCUGUGAUCGAUCACUCCCGCGGUUCGGAUCAGCAGAACAAAGUUCUGGAGCUGAGGAGGUCAUGGAGCCGCGCGGCGCAGAGGAGGACCCGCGUGAUCCCAUUCUCCUCUGAUCGGAGUCCGUCUCCACCUCGUCUCCCUGAGGACGUCCUUGACUUCAUGGUUUACUCCAGGAUCCCUCUCUUCUUCACCUUCUUCCUGUAAUGUUUGAGUCCGGCGCCGUCAUGGCGGGUAGCUCCAACUCCUCGUACUCUCCGCAAUCCGCGGCAGCAUUUGCCACCGCCAUCACCUUCAUGAUCCUCAUGACCAUCGUGGGGAACGUCCUGGUCAUCAUCGCUGUCCUGACGUCCCGGACCCUGAAGGCGCCUCAGAACCUCUUCCUGGUGUCUCUGGCGGCCGCAGAUAUCCUAGUGGCGACCAUCAUCAUCCCCUUCUCACUGGCCAACGAGCUGCUGGGCUCCUGGGUCUUCAGCUCCAUCUGGUGUGAAAUCCACCAGACUUUGGACGUCCUCUUCUGCACCUCCUCCAUCGGGCACCUGUGUGCCAUCGCGCUGGAUCGCUACCUGUCCAUCUCUCGGCCCGUCUCCUACAGUACCAAACGUACGGCCAAACGCAUCAAGUCGGCCAUCGUCACGGUCUGGCUGAUUUCUGCCGUCAUCUCCUUCCCUCAUUUUCUGACCAUGAGUAAGAAAGUCGGAGGAGACAACAAGUGUGAGCUGAACGAGAAGCCCUGGUACAUCCUUUACUCCACCAUCGGCUCCUUCUUCGCUCCCUGUGUGAUCAUGAUCCUGGUCUACAUACGGAUUUAUCAGAUCGCAAAGAAGCACACGCGCUGCCCCCCCGCUCAGCCGCAUAAAUUCACCGCCGGUGCAGCUGGAGAGGCCGAGGUGAAGUCGCCUUCUGAGGAACCCCAGAGGGAGAUCGGCCAAGGAGCUCCGACUGCAGAGCAGCUUCCCACCAUGUCCCAGUCGACUCUCAGAAAAGCAGCAGAGAACCCGGCUGAGGCCCCCCCAGAUCAGCCCCAGGUAGAGGCAGAACCGGCCGUUCCCUCCUCCAGCUCAGAGUCUGUUGCUGAGCAGCAAACCAUCGAGGAGGGAGACGGAGACGGUCCCGAAACUUUGGACCCGAGUCCAACCUGCAAAUACAAAGACACCAUCAAAACAUCGUCUGGCACCAAGCUGGCGCCCGAAGCCUCGGCGAAGACUCAGGAGACGCCGAUCUCCCGCCGCAAAGCCAUGAUGAACAGGGAGAAGAAGUUCACCUUCGUCCUGGCUGUGGUGAUGGGCGUGUUUGUCAUCUGCUGGUUCCCCUUCUUCUUCUCCUACUCGCUGCGGGCGGUAUGCCCUCAGAGCUGCAGCACCCCCAAACCGCUCUUCACCUUCUUCUUCUGGAUCGGCUACUGCAACUCCUGCCUCAACCCGGUCAUCUACACCGUCUUCAACCAGGACUUCCGCACAGCCUUCAAGAGGAUCCUGUACAGAGACACGAAGGGCACGUCCUUCUAGAGACCUGCAGGGACGAUUUCCCUCCGCCUGCACCGGCUUUACCAUCUUCUGCAGCGUGAACACAGAAGACGUGGAGCCUCUAAUGUGGCGUGAGAACGCUCAGACUUGAUGUCUUCUGUCCCUGAAGAAGAAGGCUUGGAUUUCUGUGGAAAGGAAGUGAGGAGGACACAGGAUCUGCGCUCUGUGAUCGCUGUGGACGUUGAUGGUUUGUUUUUGUGAGAAUGCAUGGAGUGGAGAAGAGUUGCCUGAGGGUCUGAUUGGCAGAGAGCAAACAUCACUAAGUGCCCUUUAUCCCAGAUAAAACAGGCACCGAGGGAACAUGAUCAGAGAAGACCAGAGCGUCUCCCUCCAUGUCCGCUGGGAGGUAAACCUCUCCGGUGGAACGGCUCGAUCAGCUGAUAGUCGACAGUCAUGGUGGGAAAAAGCAGAGCGGGAUCUGAGCAGAGGACGCAUGAGAACAAGCAUGAAAACGUUGGAGGCGUCUUCAGCUGAGCCGUUAAUUCCCCGCUGCCUUUCAUCUCUGCUCUCUUUGAUGUUUCCUGUUUCUCCAACUGCGCCGGACCCGACACGUGUUCAGGUUAAUGACUCAACACGUGUUCAGGUUAAUGACUCGACACGUGUUCAGGUUAAUGACUCGACACGUGGGCAUGUUCAGACUUCAGGUUAAGGUGAGACUGAACCAGAAGUUCCAAUUAAUUCAAGACGUUCGACCCAUUUGGGUUUACCGGCUCUUCUAUUCAGGACCCGACUGGUUCUUCAGGUUUUACUGGUGUUUAAUUGGAAAGAGGGAAAUAACCUAUUUGCAUUUUAAGACAGAAAUGUUAAGUCAGGCAUGUUUACUGGUUUUUAUGCUUUACAUGUACAAAAAUGUUCACAAAUUCUCUGCCGUCUUUACCAGGAAUCUCAAUAAAAGCCAAAACAAAAACCUUGAAAAAAAGGGGGUUUAGAAA